AUGGCAUCUAUUCGAGAGUUCGAACAAGACGCGAGGGAAUCUGACUACGAGAACGACCUCUACUUGGGCUGGGACGUCGUGCUCAAUAACUUGUCGUUACGAAAUACUCAGAGGCGGGGUAGUGAUGGCAAAAAGCUUUAUCGUAUUCUAGUACAUCCUCAGCCAGCAAUGAGCUGCCCUGAUGGAUUCGAUCCCAACGCUGUAAUUGAAGAGUCAACCAGAGUGUUGCGCAGCCAUGCAUCAGAUGGCGAUUUUCAGGAACUCUCUUCUGAGUUUUUGGAUCUGACGUUAUCUAGCAUAGCAAGUGAUGUCACAGUAGAUGACCCAGGCUCAGCCAUUCCGCAUCCAUCUCAAAAACGUCCCACACGCUUUGUGGAUCCCAAACGGAUUCCUGAUUUUAACACUCUUCUAUUUCUUCCUGACGGUGUCUGUCGACUUCUUUUCCUUCAUGAGAUCAAGCCCUACCCACACAUGUUCUGGCGCGGAGACGAGUUCGACGAAUAUUCGCUCAACUCUAAAUUCGAAGAGAUGGUUCAGCAAGUUGUUCAGCAAGCUCAGGUUGCAGCUUAUCAUUUCAGUGCCGAGAAGGAAAUCCAUGUUAUGUGUUGCAUUGGCCUCUUUUUUCGUGUUCUCACAUUCCCGAGAGCAAAAUUACCACCGUUCGGCCAAGUAGUUCGCAGUUCGGAUCAGCUCGAGGCCAUUCUAUCGUCCCCCUUUCGGGAAUGGACUUACCUACUCAGAGAGGACAAGAAGGAUUAUCACAAAGAUUACAAGCGAGUAUGGUCCGACGUGAGGAACGCCAAGUCUCAGGCGGAGAAGCAAAGGAAUAGGAGGGGCUAA